AUGACACUUCCUCGCUUCUGUGUCGCGGUCUUACUGGCCACUGCGGCCAAUGCCCUCCUGCAGAGCAACGCCUCAUCCGAUAUCACGGUGUUUGCAUCAUCUCGGGCUGUUGUUGGCGGUGCCAUCACUGAGGCCACUCUCGUGGUCAACACAACAACCGGAAAGAUCAUCUCCGUUGAUGAAUCUGUUCGGCCGUCUUCAGAGUUCCCGCCUGGCACCGCUUACACAGACUACUCGCCCAAGCUACUUCUUCCUGGACUGGUUGACGCCCACGUCCAUCUCAAUGAGCCUGGCCGCACAGAAUGGGAAGGCUUCUGGACGGGUUCUAGAGCGGCCGCAUCUGGCGGCGUCACAGCCCUGAUCGACAUGCCUCUCAACUCCCUUCCUCCUACUACCACUGUCGAGAACCUCCUCACCAAGGCUAGGGCUGCAGACGGCCAGUGCUGGGUUGACGUCGGUUUCCACGGUGGCCUCAUUCCGAACAACACGCAGCACCUGAAGCCUUUGGUCGAAGCCGGCGUGCGCUCAUUCAAGGGCUUCCUCAUUGAGAGCGGCGUUGAUGAGUUCCCCGCCAUUGGACCUAACGACAUUGAAGCAGCCAUGCACGCCCUGGCCGAUUCACCUACCACGGUCAUGUUUCACGCGGAAAUGGUCCCUCCCAACGUCACUCUCGUCGGCUCUGGAGCUCCGUACACCGGUCCUCUGACCAGCUACCAGACGUACCUUGACUCGCGCCCCCCUACGCUGGAGACCUACGCCAUUAGCCAGAUCCUGGCCAAGGCUCACAUUGCACCAGAGCUGGACCUACACAUCGUACAUCUCUCAGCUGCAGAAGGCAUUCCGAUGCUCCGCGAAGCUAGGGACCGAGGCAUUCGCAUCACUGCAGAGACCUGCUUCCACUACCUCAGUCUUGCUGCUGAAGAGGUGCCCGAGGGCGACACCCGUUACAAGUCGGCCCCACCUGCUCGCGACCUCGCCAACCAAGCUCUGCUCUGGGGUGAACUCUCGCGAGAUGACAACGGUGGUGUUAUCAAGACUGUCGUUUCGGACCACUCACCCUGCACUCCCGACUUGAAGCUGAUCCCCGAGACCCUUCCCGUCGCACCUCACAGCCACAAGGGCGAGGAUGGCGAUUUCUUCAGCGCUUGGGGUGGCGUCAGCAGUCUUGGGCUGGGCUUGUCUAUCUUGUGGACACAGGCGGAGGCCCAGGGUGUUACCAUUGAAGACAUCGUGCGCUGGACGAGUACCAACACGGCGCGACAGGUCGGACUUGAACAAGAGAAGGGCGAUCUCGGUGUCGGUUUUGACGGCGACGUGGUCGUUUUCGACGAUGCUGCUACCUUUGAGGUCAACCCAGAUACCAUGUUCUUCCGCAAUGAAGUCUCUCCGUUUGAUGGAAAGACGCUGAAGGGCACCGUGGAGGAGACUUGGCUGAGAGGCAAAAAGAUCUUCGAUCGCAAGACUGGAUUUGACGAGGAACAGGGCCCUGUUGGCCGAACUAUCCUCGAGCCACGCAGGCGAAAGGCUGUCAGAAUGGUGUAA